GAGAGAGAGAGAGAUUGCAUUUUUAUUUAUUUAUUUAUUUUUUAUAACUCAUGUUCUGUAAUUAUCUAGACCAUUAUAUUAAUUCACACCUAUUGAUUGGAUUUUCCAGGUGGUGUUAUUAUACGUGAGUGUCAGCAUAUUAGUACAUUUCAAGAUAAUGUGGAACAUGCCAGCAGAACAAAGAGUUCAGCUCCAGUAAAAUGUCAAGUAAACACAGAAUAGGAGCUGUGAUGUUGUGAAGGCGAGGACUCCAACCUACCAAAUCUGCAAUUAUUCUACACUUCCAACAAGCCUACCAACCAGAUGAAAAACAAAACAAAGGGGACUUCCUGCUCGCCAUCAGUCAUCACACUAGCUGAAAGAAAAUAUAAGUAAAUAAAUAAACAAAGAAGUACACACAACAUUAGGAAAACAAGAGAGAAGAAAAGGAAAGUGCAAGAAAAUUAGUUGAGCUGCUGUUGCAAAGUCUGCAGGUCAAAGUCUCAUCAUUUACAGCGGUCCCCCGUAGCUUCCUGUCCUGCCUCGAUCCCUUCCCCCGCCUCUGGCGAUCCCUUCCCCUGCACCAGCAACAUGUGUCAGGCCACACAGCACCUGCAGUGCUAGCCACACUCCCCUGCACACUGCAGCCUGCCGUGUGCCCCCACCGGGCCACCGCCACCUGCCAGCACCAGCAGUAGGCGUCCACCCCUCGUGCCCCCCACCUACCAGGCCAGGCCAGAGUCCAGGCUGCUGCCCUGCCUUACACCAACCACUUCAAACAGCUUGCCCAAGGGUCCCUGCAGGACAGGCCAUGGCGUGUGCUACUGGGAGCAGUACUGUGGUGGAGGCUGUGAGGCCGGGCAUCAGCAUGAGUGGCCAGCAGCAGCAGCAGUCUGCCUUAUGUGUGGGGAGGUGCAGGCAUGGUGGCAGUAAUCACCAGGAGGCAGGAAACUCUUGCAUCAGAGGACAAGCCAAGUUUGAGUGUCAGCUGUGUGAUAAAACUUUUAAAUAUAAAAGUUGGCUCAGGCAACACACCCUGACACACAGUGGUGUUAGGGAUUAUGAGUGUGAGGAGUGUGGCAAGAAAUUUACCGCAAAAUUUUCCCUCACCAGACACAACCUGACACACAGUGGUGUUAGUAAUCAUGAGUGUGAUGAGUGUGGGAAGAAAUUUACCCAAAAGGGUAAGCUCACCACACACAUCCUGACAAACAGUGGUGUCAAGAAUUAUGAGUGUGAAGAGUGUGGGAAGAAAUUUACCACGAAGUCUGACCUCAGCCAUCACGGCCUGACACAUUGGUGCCAGGAAUCAUGAUUGUGAAGAGUGUGGGAAAAAAAAAAAAAACUCAAGGUUAACCUCAUCAAACAACCUGACACACAGUGGUGUCAGGUAUCAUGAAUGUGAGGAGUGUGGGAAGAAAUUUAGCACAAAGUCUAAUCUCAAGACACACCCUGACACACAGUGGUGUCAGGAAUCAUGAGUGUGAAGAGUGUGGCAAAAGAUUUCCUACCAUUGCUGCUCUCAACAGACACACCUUCAGACACACUGGCUUAAGGGAGUUCAAGUGUGAUGUUUGUGGCAAGUGUUUCAAGACAAAGCCUGAAAUUACCAGUCACAUGAGGAUCCACUUUUGAGGUGGCUGUACCCUUGCCUGUUGUGGUGGUGGUGGUGUGGUGUGGUAGUAGUAAUAGUAGUAGUGGCCCCAGCACUUGUUUUGUUGGCAGUACAGGUGUGAGUUAAUAAAUGUGUCUGUAUGGUGAACCUUUGUGUAUAAUUAUCUUUAGCAUGUUUGUGUAUGCAUCAAGUUGUCAUGUGUCAUGUCUGAGCUCUGUGUAUGUAUUGUAGCAAGUCCCUCCACUCUCAUCCGUACCACUGUCUUUUGUCAAGGCUGCCACCAGAGAAAGCUGUGGCCAAGAGGAAAACAAGGACAACCCAUUACAGCUAUCUGACUCAGACUGAAGGGGCCUCAGCCACAACACAGACACAGCCACCCAGUCACACUUGCCCUGCCUGCAAAACAAGUGCUGGGGCCACUACUAUCACCAUAACCACCACCACAGGCAAGGCUUCAGCUACCUCAAGAGUGGAUCCUCACAUGCAUUGUCAUGCUUGGUCUUGAAACACUUGCCACAAACAUCACACUUUAACUCCCUCACCCAAAAAGAAACAUCAAUCAACCUUACACCCCCCCAUCCCAUGACAUCCACACCUGAGGCAGACUGCUGCUGGCCACUCAUACUGCUGCCUGGCCUCACAGCCUCCAUUGCAGCACUGCUCCCAGCAGCACAUGCCAUGGGCCAUCCUGCAGGGACCCUAGGAGAAGCCAGCUGGGGUGGUCAGUGCACCCUAGACUCUGGCCUGGUCUGUGGAGCAGGGAGGGAUGUGGGGCAGUAGAGUCACUGUCACACAAUGAAAGACAUCUACACAUCCCACCAUUCUUUAGGU